UACAGAGGGCUCAGACUACAGAGAGAGCCUAAUCAACAAAAAUCUCUCUGUCUCUCUCUCUCUCUUUCAUUUGGCUUGUUCUUGUGGCGCCAUACCAGUACUCUUUACUCCCAACUCUUCUUCGUUGUUCACUCUUUAAUGCUUCUGAAUCUCAAAGUUUCUUGAUCUGGCCAUCUACUUUUUCCUGUUCAGAUCAUAGAUUUCCACCGUUAAAAGCUUCAUUUUUUUCUCUGUUUUCUCUCAACGAAUCUACUUACUGAGGAAAACCCCACUUGGGUCUUGUUAUUUUCUCAGUCCUAUAAUAAGAGUAAUGGGUUUCAUUCUGAAGAGGCACUAAGGUUUACUGCAUAAAAAAAAAAGAAAUUGUUUUUGUGCAUGAGUUAUUCUUUUGUGGAGUUUUAAGAUUAUGGGUAGAGGUAGAGGAAAGGGUAAGAGGUUGACUGUCAGCAAUCAUGAUGAUCCUGGAAGUGGCGAGGACGAAAAGAUACCUGCACAGAAGAGAAGGGGAAGACCUCAAAAGCCAUUGAAGGACGAGAUGGAUGAAGAAGAAGCUGAGAAAAUAGAAGAGGAUGACAGUGAGAGUGCAAAAGCUGUUAUAACAACCAAAGAGAUGAAAAGUCCCACUGCAGCAGAGAAUGGAAAGAAGAGGAAGCGAUAUACACAGGUAAAAGAGAAGUCGGAUUCGGUUAAGGAAGAAAAUGGUAAUGGAACAAGAUCAAGCACUGAUGACUCAACUAAAUCUAAUGGAUUUCGGCAUAACGGGAGCAGGCGAAAAAACAAGCCCCGUCGAGCUGCUGAAGCUGGAGUUGAGUGCAAGUGAGUGAGACUGUAGUAGUCACCUAUUGCAAUGGUUUCCUUUCCUACAUCCACAUUGUCAUAGAAACUGAGGCAUAGUAAACCUCUAGUUUCUAUCUUUUUUGUCUUGCAGGUUUUUUUGUUCCUACCUUUUUUGGUGAUCCCAUGUCAUUAAUUUCGUUCUUAUUUAAUUUGAAAUUUGGAAUUUAUUUUGCUGGUUGUAGUUUUUUUAAUGGUAUAUUGAUAUUUCAAUUGACUAGUUAUUUAUAUUGUAUAAUUAGCAAGACAUACUUGACCAGCUGCUGUUUGUUUA